AGUACAAUUUGUGUUAGUUUUAUAUAUUAACUGUUAUUCUAUAAUGUGAAAAAUACUGAUAGUAUAGAAUGAGAUGUCUAAACUUUUUAAAUGGUACCAAAUAUUAUAUUUUAUACCUGCAUGUGUGCCAGUGGAUCAUGGCUUGAGAUAAAGACAUGAACGUAUAAUGUAUCAGUGUUUUCCUGGGCUACAGUCCAGCAGGUGUAUGUGGGUGAGUGAGAGAGAGAGAGAGAGGGUACACAGUGUGUUGGGGGGCUUUGGCUGUGCAACUAAGUAUAAAUAUUUCCCCUCUUCUCCAGUUCCCUUUUGUUCAUCAUCAUAGUGGCUCGAUGGCCAACCCUUUUAAUCCACAGCUGAACGAAUGAAAGCGAGAAAGGAACGUAAGAGCACGUGAAGGACAGACACAUAUAAAAGCCCCAUUAUGUUUUUCAGAAUGUGAAAAAAAAAGAAUAUAUAUAUAUAUAUAUAUAUUCUUAAAUCUUAGAGUGUGAUGUAAAGAGACAAAAUGUGAAAAGAAGAGGAUGAAAAAUUAACGUGAGUAUAAACUUUUUAUAAAGUGUGAAUGUGUGUUUUAUUUGUCUGAUGUGUAAUUUCUUUUGAAAGGAGGCAGUGUAUGUGUGUCCUUCUCUUUGGAAAAAAAGAUGUCUCGAUUCAGGGAAGCCCUUAAAGAGAAUGAAUCUGGAAAGAAUUCUAAGAUGCCUCAAAAACAAAAGAAAAAGGAGACUGGAAAUAAGGACAAUGCAGUAUUAUCGAAGGAUAGGCUCCCUCUGAUUGGUUCAUCAAGAAAUAAAUCUGCAGCGAGGCCCUCUCUGUCAACUCCUCAGGCCGAAACGAAGAAACGCAUCCAUCCUCCCAUUUCAUCUGUGGCCCCUGACAGCAUGACACCCUGGGAAGGCUCCUCCCACUCCGAAUCCUCCUUUACCAGUUUUCCCCCUCCAGUUUCACCCCUUCCUCUUGCUCACUCGAAGCCAAUCACAGCACCAGAUCCUCCACCCCCAGCACCCCCUCCUCAAAUCAUCAACACUCAACCUGAGUCCAGUCAGAGUGCCAGGGUAAAACGCAAGCCGCUGCCACCAAGACACCCCCCUAGACCUCCCCGUUUACCUCCUCUGAGGCAGGUCACAAAUCUUAGCUUCUCACGUAGUUUCACGUUUUCGUUUUUUGAGCUUCCGGUUCACCAGUCUGCACGGAGCAGAGCGGAGCGCCUCAGAGAUCUCACUGUGUUACUGAGGCAGUUUCAGUACUGAGGAAAAAACUGUUCACCUCUAUAGGGCAGAAAUGCAUCAUGUGGAAAAACAA